CCACCGGCGACGUGGAAUUUGCCCCGAGCUCGGUAUUCGGACGCAGAAGCGCGCAGCUGGUGGCCGCGUGUGCGAGUCGAGUGAACAGGGUUUGGUUACGUGCUUCACCGAACUAUGCCGUUGGUCAUAUUGGGAGCUGCACUCACAGCAAGAAGAAAUAAGCUGGUUGUCAACAUCACAUGGCAUGACACCGCGCGAACCUCUCUCCAAGACGAUCACUGCUGAGGUUCCCACACAAGCACGUGGCUGGGCUCAGUAGUUUGUGAUCUUCAACAAGAAAUGAAACUGGGUGGAGGUAGAUAAUGUUUCCGCACUCGAUAGGAAGAAUACUACCAUUUGAUUGACUCAAAUAACUUUCGUGGUCAUGGUGCUGUAACAAAUUUUGACUGAGGUUGUCCAAACGCAAAACGAUGAGGAGGAUGUUUUCAACUGGACCGGGAACGAACUUUGCAGUGAUUAUCUUACUUCUUCCGCUUCUCGUGGGAUGCCGUAGGUAUCAAGAUGAGCCCAUCUCGUUGGCUGUGUACGUGGGUAGCCAGAUCGACCUUCCGUGCCGUGCGCUGUUGGCGGACGACUUGCCCCAAAGGAUCCACUGGUACAAGGAUGACUCUCCUUUACCUGUCUACAGCGUAACCUACGAUGGCACAGCGCACAGGGCUAACAUCAUGCAGGGGCGCCAUUCGGCUCGUUCAGACUGGACUCAGAGGGCCUACUUCAGCGUACUGGGCUCCCCCGCGACACUCAAAGUGAACGAUCUGUCUUAUCAGGACUCCGGCACAUACAUCUGUCAGGUCAUCAUCAGUCGGGCCACACAGCGCAACGCUACACUUCAUCUUGUCGUUGUCGGUCCUCUGAAGCUCCCGGUGAUCCGAGACGGCCGGGGCCGGACAAAAAACGACAUCGUGGGGCCUUAUUUCGAAGGUGACGAGCUCAGCCUUACCUGCGAAACCCCGGGAGGUAAGCCGACCCCCGCCAUCACGUGGUUCAAGAAUGGCAAAGUCAUAGAAAGUUCGACGCUGUCUUUCGCCAGAGGAAAUAUUCGUAGCGACGUCGUCAUCCCGGUGCUCACCAGAUCUGACCUACUCGCUAUCUUUUCGUGCCAGGUGUCCAACAACAUUUCAGCGGCAGUCAGCUCAUCCGUAAAGUUAGACAUGAUAUUGCGUCCUCUACUGGCUGUGAUUCGUCGUGGUGAUAUGCCCCUGUCUGCGGACAUUCCCGUCGAGAUAGUCUGCGAAGCCAUGGGGUCCCGGCCCCCGGCAACGCUCACCUGGUGGCGCAAUGGGGCACAGUUGAACCAAACGUUUACUCACGUGUCUGCUGAUGGAAACGUUACUACCUCGGUGGUGACGUUCACUCCGACCAACAACGAUAACGGUUUGCAGCUCAUGUGCCGGGCUCAGAAUCCAAUCCUUCCUGGAGCCAUCGCCGAAGACGUCUGGAUCAUGCGCAUUUUCUUCAAGCCGGUGGUUGUGCUGCAGCUGGGACCGCCAUUUUACAACGCCAGCCUGAUCGAAGGUUCAGACGUGUUCCUAGAGUGCAAGGCGCAGGCCAACCCUCCAGUCACUAGCGUAGGAUGGCGACGUGACGGCAAGUUGGACGUUUCUUUAGACCAUGACAUUGCCAUCAACGACAACUUUCUCGCCAUCCAACAUCUACGUCGCCACCAUUCGGGCAACUACUCUUGCUUCGCAUCCAACAGCGAAGGCUCCUCAGAAAGCAACUGGCUUGAGCUCCGCGUCCAGCACACACCAGUGUGCAAGCACGAAUCUCCAGUGGUGUACGUGGGCUCCCGAAACGACGAAGUGCAAAUUGUGUGCGAGACUGUCGCCCAUCCGGAGAGGGUCACCUUUCACUGGAGCUUCAAAGACAGCAGCGGAGGCAGACCCAUCUACUCCGGCUACAGCGCCGAACAUGCGAAGCUGAUGAGCGUCAUGCACUAUGCGCCGAUGUUGGACGCCGACUUCGGCACGCUCUUGUGCUUGGCCAAUAACAGUGUCGGCUACCAGAAGGAGCCUUGCGUCUUCCACGUCGUGCAAGCCCGGCCACCAGAGCCACUACGGAACUGUAGGGUCACCAACCUGACGGAGACGUCGUUCGUCGUUUUGUGCGGAAGUGAGACGGAUGGCGUGCAUGAUGCUAUGAACACGACCUACGUGCUGGAGCUGUACAGUUUUCAGCAGACUGCUCGCGUGCUUAACGCCAGCUCGACCAUGCCGGCGUUCAGCGUACGCCAUCUGACGCCUGGUACCGAGUACUUCAUUGUUCUUUACGGAGUCAACCGGAUCGGAGAAAGCAAUGCAGUCAAGAUGUACGCCAGCACGCUCGCAUCACCGGAGGCUCUCUUAGAUACAGAACCCGGAUGGGCUGUGCUUGGUCUGGGCGUGUAUUCUACAGUUCUCGUCGUACUUCUUAUCAUGCUGUUUAUUGUCACCAUCAUAAUGAUACUGGUGCUCCGGCGGUGGAAAAGAAGCCGUGCACGAAGAGGAAAGGCGGCUAGUCAACAUGAAAGGCACAGCUGUCUCGCCACCAUUGACCGCACGGGGAAGACGGAAGGCUAUUCAGGGAGUGAAGAAGUUAUGGGCCUCGGCGGUUUGCCGGAACAGGGCGACUUCGUGCUCGACAACUCUGUUCUCCGCCCCCGUACAGCACAUUGCGUCAAUGAAGUCCCGAUCGUCCCAGCGUACCAUGGUCACCACAACGGGAUCCGCCUUCAGACAUUCUCUCGGGACGUUGUUUAGUGGUCAUCUUGCCGCUUCUUGGACGAUUUCAGCAAUGCUACGGAUGCACUUUGAGAAAACUAACGGGGACAGCGAUUCGUUUGGUCGACCCGGUAACACGGCAAAACGUGGUGUGUGUUCAACAGGCGACUAUCCCGAGAGCUAUUAUUUCUAGAGGUGACACUGUACGAUGGGUACCUGAUAUUUCUGAUACCUGAUAUUCGUCGUGUUCUGUGAUACCAUGAAAUCUUGAACGCGUCCUUAUAUAUAGCGACGUUUGUCUGCACCUAUUUGGGCGCAAAUACAAAGUCCCUUCCAGCAGAAAGAGCGAAUCGUAUCGAGAAGCAUUCGCUAUUGUUACCAGUUGUUACACUUGAAAGUGCUAACGUAGCAUUAUUUAUUCAGCGGUCAUAUAGACGUUAGUACGUACAGCAUUUACAAAAUGCAACAUCCUGGCGUCAGUAACAUAGCGUAAGAUAAAAGUCCUUUCAGUGAGCAUACUAUAUAAUGUCGACGUCAAGUACGGUAUCUGUUCCAAAAUAGGUCCACCCCGUUUUCUGGUGCCCCAGAAAGAAGAGAAACCAUGUAAACACAGUC